GAGAGAGGGAGGUGAGCAGAGCACACACGUCGCACUAUCAACUGAAUCCAUCUAAGAAAACAACUCGCAGGGAGUCCGGCUCCGAGCUGCGAAGACACUGAAGGCAAGUUUGAGCUCCCCGGUUUAACAGCGCACCGGACGGACGGACGGAGGGACGGACGCAGCUGGCCGUCAUGGCCCGUGGCGGACACUUCGGCUUGUGCGUCCUCACCGUGCGGGCAGGAAGGGGAGAGGUGGGCGCUGCGAUCACCCUGCCGCCGCUUUCUUUGCGCUGCGGACGGUGUUGAGUGAAAGGCGGAGGAGCUGCGAAGGAGAAGCUGGGAGGGAAACAGACAAACAAAAAAAAAAAAGUGCGGACAGCAGUGAGAGGACAGCCACAACCGAGGGGACCCAUGCAGGCAAAUAUGCUGUUCAGUAGACUCACCGGGUUCACGCUGCUGCUGAUCGGAGCCGAGUGUUACCGAACGGACCUUUACGCACGGUCAUACAGCGGGACCGCAUGAAGGACGGAGGCGCAGAGAAAGGGGAAAAGUUAACGCGGUUGCGGUUUUUGUAAUGGAUAAAGGCUCGCCAAAGGUCUCUGGAUCCAAAUGUCACCCCCCCUGGACUCUGCCCUGGUCGGGGACCGGCAGUGUGUGACGGACAGGCGAGUGGAGCCUGCGGUGGCUCUCUACUGCGUGGCUUCAAAUUGGCCCUGGCUGAGCUCUGCAUGGAGCAGCGAGUGAAGAGUCCUGCUAUGGUCUGAUGUCUCAGCAUGGAUGGAGUCAGUCAGAGGACUGGCCACCACUAAUGAGACCAUCGCUCUUCAGCUGAGGACUAGCAUUUACAGGAUUACUCCCACGGUUUCCUGCUCUUUUCCCAGCUAACUGCAUCAUUACCAAACUCUCCUAGUUGGACUUUUUCGUGGCUCUGGUUUUUGGUGGAUAUAUACGUCAUUCUGAUUUUCAUAUUUCUUUUAUUCCCUUUUUUUUUUAAUUGUUGGUUUCCCUUUUCCUGUUUUGUUUUUCCACUAUGGAGUUUCUGGCUGGACCCUGGAAUAAAGAUUGGGCUUCAUUCUUGCAGUUUUGGUUGACUGUCAUCCUGAGCCUCCAGAUGCAGUUCAGCCCGGGCGCCUCUUGCCCGGAGGAGUGUCGUUGUGACAAAACGUUUGUGUACUGCAAUGAGCGCAGCCUGACGUCAGUGCCUCUGGGGAUACAGGAGGGCUUCAAGGUCCUCUACCUACACAACAACCAGAUCAACAAUGCUGGCUUCCCUCUGGAACUUCACAACGUAGCCACCGUGGAGACGGUGUAUCUCUACGGCAACCAGCUGGACGAGUUUCCUGUCAAUCUGCCCAAAAACACCAGGGUCCUGCACCUCCAGGAGAACAAUAUCCAAACCAUCUCCAGGGCGGCCCUGGCCCAGCUGACUAAGCUGGAGGAGCUGCACCUAGAUGAUAACUCCAUCUCCACAGUGGGGGUGGAGGAAGGAGCCUUUAGGGAGGCUGUGAGCCUCAAACUCCUCUUCCUCACCAAGAACCACUUAAGCAGUGUUCCCAUCGGCCUCCCCGAGGACCUGAAAGAGCUGCGGUUGGAUGAGAACCGUAUCGCUCACAUUGCAGAGGAGGCCUUCCAGAAUGUGACACGCCUUCAGCGCCUCCUGCUGGACGGGAACCUGCUGACGGACGAGGGCAUAGCGCCUGGGACCUUCCAGGACCUGUCAAACCUCCGUGAGCUGGCCCUGGCCCGCAAUUCACUCACCUUCCCCCCUCCGCUCCUCCCGAGUCAGUCGCUGGUCAAACUCAGCCUGCAGGAGAACCAGAUUGACCAGAUCCCUGUGGCGGCCUUCGCUGACCUCAACAGGCUGGAAAAACUGGAUAUCUCCAGCAACCAGCUUCAGACUCUGACGCAGGGUGUGUUUGAUGGCCUGUCAAGCCUGAGGCACCUCAUGGUGCGAAACAACCCGUGGCGUUGUGACUGUGCUGUGAAAUGGGUGGUGGUGUGGCUCAAAUCUUUGCCCCCCUUCAUCAAUGCCCGAGGCUUCGUGUGCCUGAGUCCAGACAAGGUGCGUGGCAUGGCAAUCAGAGAGCUCACGCUGGAUAUUAUAGAGUGCCCCGUGGAUGCUGACCAGCCGCCCUGGCCCACUCUCCGCUCCACACCCCCUCCCCCACCCACAACCACCCCUGUCACCACCAUGAUUUCCACCCUCAUCACCACAUCCAUCCCUUACUACUUUGACUCGCCCUCCCCUCCCUUACCCCCGAUCCAUAACAACCCUCCUGGGCCUCUGCCUCCGUACGAGGACCCCCUUCAGAUCUCCUUCCACGUGGUCAACUCCACCAGUAUCGAGGUGAGCUGGGCUUCUUAUUUCACCGUCACAGCCUACAAGGUCACUUGGGUCAAAAGGGGCCAAAGCCAAAUAAACGAAGGGAUGCGGGAGAGGACAGUGAGCGGGGACCGGCGGCACAUUAGCCUCACCAACCUGGAGCCCCGGUCCGUGUAUCGGAUCUGUGUGCACGUGUUGGACACCCUUAACUCCUACAGACCUGGAGAGGAUACUAUAUGCUCUGAGGCCAGGACCAAGGCUGUUGCGUCGACGAAGCCUCCCGGUAGAGAGCAAGCUCCUCAGGAGAGCAUCAACUCCACGCUGCUAAUGGCUGGGAUCAUAGGCGGGGCGGUGCUCAUCGUCCUGGUGACGCUGCUCAGCCUCUUCUGCUGGCACAUGCACAGGAAGAGCCGGUCGUCUUCGACCAAGUGGAAAUACAACCGGGGCAGGAGAAAAGACGACUACGGUGAGGCCGGGACCAAGAAGGAUAACUCCAUUCUGGAGAUGACUGAGACCAGUUUCCAGAUAGUGGCGCUGAACAAUGAGCAGCUGCUGAAGGGAGAUUUUCGCAUUCAGCCCAUCUACACGCCCAACGGGGGCAUUGGAUUUAGAGACUGUCACCUCAGUAACAACAGCAUAGCCUACUGCAAGAGCAGCAACGUGCCGAGUACAGAGUUCUGCCACACGUGAUGCGGCGGCAAAUAGUAGAGCAGCAUUCACACACACAUACCAGAAACACUUAAUGCAUAAGUACACACAGCGUUUGUGACAAAAAACAUAAAGAUUCUAGUGAAAUAUAACUGUACUAUAUAUAUUUCCAAGUUCUGUCUACGAUGUAAUUUAUACUGUGGAUAAUAAUGUGGGAUUCUCUGCUAUCUUUUUUAUCUUAGAGGAAGAGAUACAAGUGUUUCUUUUUUUAUAACCAGCAGGGUUUUGAAAGUUGUUUUAAUGGUCAGUACUGUACAUGAACACGGAUUUGUACAAUCACGGCACCCUGGGUGUAGCUUCUGACGGACGCUGUCAGCCUUGGAAACGUUGGGGCACAUUUAGAGGGCUGGGAUCCUUUGCUAACCACAGAAGCAAAAACGAAAACAAAAAAUGGCCUUUUUUUUUUUUUUUUUUUUGCUCUUUGAAACAAACCCUCCCCGGUUCAACAGAACAGUAGUAAAGACAACACAGCACAGGGGAAAUCCAAACACUGCUGAUUAGAGCACUGUGGAAAUAUAGCACUGGUUCACUGGUGGUUGUAAAAAAGAAGUGCACUUUCUUAUUAAUGGAGGCAGGAAAUGAGCGGAGGUGGUGAUGUAGGUGGUUGUGUAGGGCGGAUGUCAUGGUGCUGUUGAGAAGCCUGGGCUGAGAUUUCCCCAAAGUGCCUUCACGUUAAAAGCAUCUUUGUUCUGCUGGUUUGCGUUUGGAACAAAGGUGGGCUCAGUCAGGAGACACUUUUUGGGAAAACUCUGGAAAAGGGUGUGUCAUUCUCAGCUUUUUUUUUUUUUAGCGAGGAGGUGCAAUUUAUUAAAAGGAACAAAGGGUUAUUGUCCCUAAUGAGGUGCAUGGAUGUGCUGAGACCUGCAGAUCCUUGUGAGGGAAAUGUGUUCUGCUUCUUUUUGGCGAGUGAGGCCACAAGGGGGCAGCUUCCCUCAGCGUCGUGUGUGGGACAGGAAGUCAGACACAGAGAGGGGAGGAAAAAAAAGCUGCAUAGAUCAUUUUACCUCCACCAUUCCCCUGGAGUCCAUUACCCAGACGACAUUACUCAUGCUCAAACAGCAUUGUUUGGAGUAUUAUUGCUCAUCGAGCUACUUAAUGAUGUGGAAUCAUUUAAAACUAACAGUGUUUUCAGUGUUUGGUGGUUAAAUGAUAUGGAUUUUCACCACUGUGGUUGUGUGUGUGUGUGUGUGUGGAGGGUGUGAUGAAUUUUUGGAGACACACAACGAUAAUUAUACACCCACUUAUUUCAACCUUGUCCCGGCGUUCAUUAAGGCUUUUUGAUAAAUUAGGAAAUUACAACAAUAAGAUGGCGCUCCGCCCACUGUCCCCACAAUGCUGUCACUGAGCAGCUCAUCCCGCAUCUCAUCCUUCACCCCUUUGUGCACGUUUAUGAGACUGUCUACUUCACUUGCUCACCUCAACAAUGCGCCUGCUCACUUCACGCCAUUACUUCCUGCGAUGAUGAUCCUCAGACUAUUUCCCCUCGUCUUCUCAUCCCUGCGUGGGCUCAAUUAAAACACUUUCCCUGCCCCUCGGCUGCGGGGCCGGGGUUGGUGGCAGCUCUUUGCAUGUGAGAGGUCUUCAUUGUGCACUUCUUAAGGAGACAUUAUUUGAUUUGACAAGAUUUUAUUUUGAGGGGCCAAGCUUACAGCAUUCCCACCCCCGCCCCCCGCCCCUCCUCCCCGCUCUCCUCCAUAAUCCUCGACCAAAAAAGGGAGAAAAUAUGUAGCCUUUAUUUUCACUUGGCUGCGUGGAGCUCACGGUGGGAGACGGAGUGUGUGUGUGUGUGUUAACUCUUUGUGAGGCGCACAGAUUCAGCUGCACGGCGGAGAGUCGACACAAAUUUUAGGUGAAUGGUUUUAAGGGCUUGUACUCGAGUUAUUCCAGAGUGUCGAGAUUAUCUCUGAGAGGAUUUACCUCAGCGCUCUUCAAAAAGUAGCUGCACUUACUGUAAUUCCAGCAGUCACUCCAAUUGUGAUCACAUGGAUUUUAAUUUGAUGUGAUGACUUCCACAGACCCGGUGGUGAAAAUCUGUUUGACCAAGCCGACACAAAAUGAACGAAUGAACGAGUGAGUGAAAUCAUCUGUCAUGUCAUGUAGUGUCAUCUUAUGUCUUAAAAUCUUGUUUUCAGUAAUACAGCUGACAUGUUUUUGAUUUUAUUUGUCAGAUUGUCUUUUUUAAAGGCAAAAUCUCAAUCAUUAAAAAACAUUUAAAGCAACAGCUCAACAUUUUUGUUAAAUUCUCUUCUCUGUCUUCCUUACUGGGAGUUAGAUGAGAAGACUGAUACCACUCUGAUGUCUGUAUGCUGAAUAUAAAGCUACUACCAGCAGCUAUUAGCUUAGCUUAGCUUAGCUUAGCUUAGCUUAGCAUCAAACUGGAAAUGGGGGAAAACUAGCCUGGCUCUGUCUGCAUGUAAAAAAAACUGCUGUAAAACCAAAUGUGUAACUUCUACACUUAUAUAUUGUACAUAUUAAAAAAAAAUAAGAUUAACUAUUGAGCUUUAAAGAUGCUGACAGAAGGGUUUUUUUUUUUAAAUUGCAAAGGCAAAUUUGAACUUGAAAUUGAACAACAUAUAAAGCAGUGGUGCCCAACUGGUUGGUCGCGGGUUCAUUCUGAAUGGACCGCAAAUGACUUGUCAAGUGAGUUAAAAACACUUAAUUUUGAAGUGCAGUGAAUAUCUGGCACAGAGCUUUUAUUUUGAAGUGCUGUUUCCUGCUGCCCAACACAAGUAGGACGCUUAAUAUAUGCGUGGACCUUGAGCCAGCCAAUGAGACAUUUGGACCGUGGGGCUGGACCAGUCGGGAACCACUGCUUCAAAAUAUAUUUAAAUAUAUAAAUAUGAAUAAAUACAAAGUACUUUAAACAAAUACACAAAAAAAUCUGAUAACAGCAAAAAUCAUUUUGCAUGUGGAUCAAUAACUGUCUCUCAAACUCAGACAUGUCUCUGUUCAGGACAUACUGUCACUCGAUGACAACAGCUAUUCCACCUCACCAGUUCAUCUUACAUUGAGAUGAAAUGAAAAAUGCUUAUUUAACCCUUUUAAAUCACAUCUUCAGACAUAUUGUGUACCUGUUUAACAGUAUGUGCCACAAAAUUACAAAAGUUUCUUUGUUUUCUAAAAUCAAAUUAUGUUUUCUUGUUGGUAAACAAAAUAUAACGUGCGCUUAUUUGAACUAGUACCAACCAAUUUCAUUGAAAAAAAUCACCACAUCCACCCAUCAAUGGAUGUGCAACUUUUAGCUGCACAGAGCGAAGAUUACGUUAGCUAGCUAGCAACAGCAUGCGUCAUCAACGUGUUUUCAUUUCCCCAGAAUAUCGUGAUCACAGCCGCUGGCUAUUAAUUAUUUACUGUGAGGAAAAUGCUCAAGAUGAUGUGCAAGACAUUUGACAGUAACUAACACUACAUGGAACAUAUGACGGGCAUCGUUCAUCUUUCUCUGAUUGAGACUAUGAUCCUGAUGGCGUGAAGUUGCCAGGGCAUUACCAUUAUGACACGCCCACUUUUUAACAAGCAAAACCUUGUUUUAAUUUCCAAAACAAUGUGGCUGAGGUCUAAUUUGUUGAUUCAUGAAAUAUUCUGUUUCACUGGGAAAUACGUCACAGUACUGAAGCUAACGACACUUUUACUUCUGUUUCACUGGGACUUUAAGCGAGGUUAACUUUGCUCACUUCCUUCGCUUUAAUCAGCAAGUGGCUAGCAAGAUUUAGGAACUUGUCUUGGGUCUGGAAGAGUUGUAGCAGUUAUCCACUGACAAAUAGCCUAAACUGUACACACACACACUCUCUCUACACAAACAAUCAGGCACCAAAACAAGGUCCCGAAAUCUGCCUUGUGAUUUGGUUCGGUAGGUGCCAGUCGUAUAGGAAUCGGUACCAUAUUGGCACUGGGUGUUGGUACUCAACCUCUGCUGUUAGUGAAUUGUGUUACUUUUGGGAAGAGCCAGACCAGAUGUUUCCCCCAUGGAUGUAUGUUUGUAAGAGAACUGAUAGAGAGUUUAAGGCGACUUGACCUUCUAAAUUUAUCAGACCAAAUGGAGCAAAUUCUGAUAGUGACAAGUCAUGUCACGGGGGUUGUGAUCACCAGUGAGCUGCACUUGUGUGUCCAAAAUUAUAGCAACACACGACCUUCGUCCCUCCCUUGUGUCAGUUAACUUAACCCUGGCUCGCACCAAAGACAGGCUAGUGUAAUGAAUUAAACCUUUGCUGAACAUUAGCCAACAGAAAGGUCUGAACAGAUGAAAUACAAAAACGGAAAACACUUCCAUUUUGUACCUUUUACUUACAAAGUGAAAAAUCAAAUUUUCUCGAGUGACUCUGGUGAAAUUGAUCAGUUAGGGCUGAUUCUUAGGUGCGGACUCAGUAGCAGUGUGUACAUUGUGUUUCUGACUUGUGUGUUAUAAAUAGGGGCAACCAGCCCCUUAAUAUUUUUGUCCCAGCUCUCCCCUGAUAAUCACAUUCCCCUGGCAGAUAAAGUCAGCUUGUUUUCUGCAAAAUAAGAUUCCAAGACUUCAAUACAUGACGUGUUUAGAUGGAUUUUCUGUUUUUUUCCAUGUUGGGUUCAUUAACAGUACGAUCUUCUGUGGUUAUCAAAGCAUCUCCACUUUUUAUUUUAACCCUUUUCUAUCUACUAAUCCCCACAGCUGACCAUAACCCCACACAGAAACACUUGAACAUUUACAUCAGAUAUUCUUUAUUAUUCUAUGUUCCAGAUGAAAGGCCUGUGCGAUCAAACACGUGACGGUCAAACUGUUGCAACAUACCCCCCCCCCCCGUCUGUGAAUGUGUACUGGAGACAGAUAUUUGCCUUACCUUUUAUGCAGGACUGAAUGAUUAGCAGAGAGAGCGAGUGAAGUGGGAGGAAGAAAAGAUGAGACAUAAAAAGAUGGCAACAAGGGAGCUGAAAAGAAAGCACAGUUCUCCAACGUUCUGCAGCCAUGGCGGCGGCGGUGGCAGCAGCAGCAACAAUAACAGUAUUAACAGGAAGAAGAAGAACAUGAGGCAUGACACACACAGUAGCUACCGAGAGACUGUUCAUCCAUUGUGCCAGACCUUGAGCGGUGCGUGGCUAAUGAUUCAAGCAGACGGGAGGAGGCUUUGGUGGUUGUUUUGCAGCGUACAUUACUCUUAAUUUUCUACUUGAUGAAAGAACGCGGCUGCGGCGCAGUGACCAAUGGAAUUACACAAAGCGUAUUACUAGCGUCAGAUUAUUACUGUUUCAGGGUGCAGAGAAGUAAUUUCCCUUAAAGCUCAUUGAAUCAUGUUGAAAUAAUUAUGUUUAAUCUGCGAGAGGUCACUUCAGACAAAACACACGUUUAAAGUCAUCUUUUCUUCCUGCAGGCGAAACCUUCACUGCAAAUAUCUAUUAGUAACAUUCAUUCAAGGAUUUUUGCAUGUACUGUAUUUAGCUUCAUAGCCUUUCAUUCUUUCAUCACACCGGGUUUUUCUGUUUAUUUCCAAGCAAUCUCCCAGCGGUGGUUGAGGUACAGUGUGAGCAACCAUACAGAGAGGUUUAGAGAAAGAAGGCUGGAAACUUACAAUGCAUGUGAAACGGCUGUGCUGGGAAACGUCCCGGCUCCUCAUCGAGACGCUGCAGUGUUAACGUUGGCCAUCCACACCGAGUUUUCUUAGGAACCAAAGUUAAAUUUCUGUUCUCAUGAUGAAAUAUUGAUGUUGUUCCAUGUAUGUGCCUUGAGGUUGAACUUACAAUGUAAAGUCCUUGAAACCUUUAAAUGUUUUUGCACAAACUGUAAAUACUUAAGUGAAGCUUUUUGAAAAUAAAAGAGCCAUUGGAUUUCAGCGA